AUGAGGGUUGGGGAAAAAUUGCCACAAUUGCAGGGGCAGAUGAUACAGAGGACAAGAAGGCUACAAGUUUGGUUCAUUAGGGUCUGUUCUGGCAUUUUAGUUUGGGCAUGUUUGCUUCAGCUUGUCUCCGUUGGGGAGAUGUGGCACCCCCGCUUGCUUACCGGAUUAGCUGGCUCCACGAGAAUGUGGGUUCGUGUUGAAGACCCGUUGCCUUCUUCGCCCCCACCCCUUGUUCCAGCCAGGGAAUACACAAGUAAUGGUUUUCUCAAAGUCUCUUGCAAUGGUGGCUUGAAUCAAAUGCGUGCUGCGAUUUGUGACAUGGUGACAAUUGCUCGGCUUUUAAAUCUUACUUUGGUCAUUCCAGAGCUUGAUAAGACUUCAUUCUGGGCUGAUCAUAGCAAUUUUGAGGAUAUUUUUGAUUUGAGACAUUUCAUUGGUUCAUUAAGAGAUGAGGUUCGUAUUAUUAAAAGGUUGCCAAAGAAGUUUAGCCAGAGAUAUCAAUAUCAACCACUUGUAAUGCCUCCUGUUAGCUGGUCAAAUGAGAAAUACUACUUACAACAGAUUCUGCCUCUCUUCAGCAAGCAUAGGGUGAUUCACUUCAACAAAACAGAUGCACGACUGGCAAACAAUGGGAUCUCUAUUGAACUUCAGAGACUCAGAUGUCGUGUCAAUUUCCAGGCACUAAAAUUUACACAUGAGAUUGAGGCUCUGGGAAACAAGUUGGUACGUAUUAUUCAAGAGAAGGGUCCAUAUUUAGCAUUGCAUCUAAGAUAUGAGAUGGACAUGUUAGCUUUCUCAGGCUGUACUCGUGGUUGCUCCGAAGAGGAAGCUGAGGAACUCAAACGGUUAAGGUAUGCAUUCCCUUGGUGGAGGGAGAAAGAGAUAGUAUCAGAAGAGAGGAGAUCUCAAGGCUUAUGUCCUCUUACCCCAGAGGAAACGGCUUUGAUUCUGCAAGCAUUGGGUUUUGUUAACACCACACAGAUCUAUAUUGCAUCGGGUGAAAUCUUCGGCAGUGAACGGAGACUUGAAGCUCUAAGGGCCACCUUCCCAAGGAUUGUGAAAAAGGAAAUGCUGUUAGGUCCAGAAGAUAUACGGCUGUUCCGGAAUCAUUCAUCACAAAUGGCGGCCCUGGAUUUUAUGGUUUCUGUUGCCAGUAAUACUUUUAUUCCAACUUAUGAUGGGAACAUGGCAAGAGUCGUGGAAGGUCAUCGAAGAUAUCUUGGAUUCAAAAAAACCAUCCAUUUAGAUCGGAAAAGGCUUGUAGAAUUGUUGGAUUUACAUCAGAAUGGGACACUUUCCUGGGAUGAGUUUUCAGAUGCGGUACGACUGGCACAUGAGAGAAAAAUGGGACAGCCAGCUCAUCGUAGGAUUGCUGACAAGCCUAAAGAAGAAGAUUAUUUCUACGCAAAUCCUCGAGAGUGCUUCUGCAAGAGCACAAGUUGUGACGACUUACUAGGCACUGGUAAUAAGACUAUAAUAGAGCCUGAUAUGAUCCCCAAAAAAGGGGUUUAA